ACCUCGAAAAGUUUUGCUUCGUUGGCAGUCGCCGUGUGAAGAUGCGCUCCUCCGCCCUCGCAGUUUUCCUGACGUUAUUCAGCCUGACAGAGAGCAAACAAAAAGACCUCUAUACGUUCAAGGUAGUGAACAGCAGGGGGAAGUUAGUGUCGCUGGACAAGUACCGGGGCUCGGUGUCUCUGGUGGUCAACGUGGCCAGCGAGUGCGGCUUCACAGAAGAGCACUACAAGGACCUGCAGCAGCUCCAGCGGGACUUCGGGCCGUACCACUUCAACGUCUUGGCUUUUCCCUGCAACCAGUUCGGCCAGCAGGAGCCCGGCAGUGACAAGGAGAUCGACAGCUUCGUGCGGCGGGUCUAUGGAGUCUCCUUCCCGCUGUUCAGCAAGAUCGCGGUGGUGGGCACCGGAGCCAACAAUGUUUACAAGUACCUGGUCGAGUCCUCCGGAAAAGAGCCCGACUGGAACUUCUGGAAGUAUCUGAUCAACGUGGAGGGGAAGGUGGUGGACGCAUGGGGGCCCCAAGUUCCCGUCAAAGAGAUCCGACCCAAAAUAGCCGCCAUGGUGCGGCAGAUCAUCUUGAAGAAAAAAGAGGAGCUUUGAGAGAGGGAGCCCUGUUUUCUUCUUC